AGGGGGAGCACAGGGGGGCAGUGAGCUGCGGAGGCCACAGAGCAGUGUUUAAUAGCGCUGGGGGGAGAGGAAGGAAGAAGAGGAAGGUGGCUGGGUUGUGUUGGUGAGAUCCUGUCACGGCAAAGGCAGCAGAAGAGGAACAGGAGGGGAACGGGAGAAGUGCUGGGGCCCGCGAUGCUUGGGCGCUGGGGCCAUGGCUGACGGCAGCGAGGACCCGGCCGUGUUCUCCUCCUCCUCUCUGCCCGCGGACCCGCGGCUCCUGGCCACGGUCACCAACGCUUACCUGGGCACACGCGUGUACCGCGAGGUCCUGCACGUGAGCGGCGUGUACAGCGGUGCCGCGGGCGAUGCGCACCGCGCCGACGUGCCCAGCCCCGCCAACGUGCGCAUGGCGGUGCCCGGCGAGGGCGGCCUGGAGGAGACCUUCACCCUGGACACCCGCACGGGAACCUUCAGCCAUGAGCUUCGGUCAACAGAUUACGUGGCCACCCAGCAGAUCUACGCUCACUAUUCCCUUGUCCACUUGCUGGUGGUCAGCAUCACCAUCCGGCGGUCGGCUCCCACCACCCGACCCAUCACCAUCCAGCUCCAGACUCCCUUUGAGCCAAAGAGCCAGGACUUGGACCUGAAACAGGGACCCGACUUCCAGGGAGCACACUACGUCUAUGGGAGGACGCUGGUUCCCGAGGUGCGGGGGGGGCCCUGUCCCGCCGUUCACAUGCUCUGGACGCCGGUGCCCGGGGCGCUGACGCUGCGCGGGGAGGAGCGGGAGCGGUGCUGGCAGUUCCUGACGGCCGUGGCCGGCAGCGAGGAGGGGGCCGAGGGCAGCUACCGGCGGGGCCAGGCCUGCGCGGCCGCGGGGUCCCUGCACCGGCGCCACGCCCGCGCCUGGGCCGCGCUGUGGGGGGGCUGCAGCGUGGAGCUGGCCGGGCCCCUGCGGCUGCGGCGGGCGCUGCGCGGGAGCCUCUUCUACCUCCUGAGCUCCAUCGCCCCGCAGCCGGCGCUGCCCUCCCACGGCAUCAGCCCCGGCGGGGUCGCCAACGGCGGGCGCGGAGAGGACUACUGGGGCCACGUCUUCUGGGACCAGGAGAUCUGGGUAUUCCCGAACAUCCUGCUGUUCUAUCCCGAGGCUGCCCGAGCCAUGCUGGAGUACCGCAUCCGGACGCUGGAAGGAGCCCUGCACAACGCACGGGAGCAAGGCUACGAGGGCGCGAAGUUCCCAUGGGAGAGCGCAGCCACCGGCCGGGAAGUCUGCCCUGAGGAGAUCUACGGAGCCCAGGAAAUCCACAUCAGCGGGGACGUGCUGGUGGCCUUCGAGCAGUAUUACCACACCACGCAGGACCAGAAGCUGUUCAGGGAGGAUGGAGGCUGGAGGCUGGUGUGUGCCGUGGCUCAGUACUGGUGCAGCAGGAUGGUGUGGAGCGAGGAGGAGCAGUGCUACCACAUCAGAGAUGUGAUGCCCCCGGAUGAGCACCACUGCCACGUUGACAACUCCGCGUACACCAACGCCGUGGCCCAGCGGAGCUUGACUUUUGCAGCCCAUUUGGCUCGAGACUUGUUGAUCCCAGUGCCCGAGCAGUGGCUGCGCCGCGCCAGCAGCAUCAAAGUGCCCUUUGAUGCGGGGAGGGAAUACCAUCCCGAGUAUGACGGCUACCGGCCGGGUGAGCCGGUGAAGCAAGCGGACGUGGUCCUGCUCGGCUUCCCGCUGAUGCACCCCAUGAGCCCUGAGGUCCGGAGAAACGACCUGGAGAUGUACGAGCCCGUCACAGAGCUGCACGGCCCAGCCAUGACCUGGAGCAUGUUUGCCGUGGGCUGGCUGGAGCUGAAGGAGGUGCAGAGAGCCCAGGCCCUGCUCAACAAAUGCUUCAGUAACAUCACGGAGCCCUUCAAGAUCUGGGUGGAGAACUCGGACGGGUCAGGAGCCGUGAACUUCUUGACGGGGAUGGGUGGAUUCCUGCAGGCCAUCCUCUUCGGCUACACCGGCUUCAGGAUCACAAGGUCCAGGCUCCGCUUCGACCCGGCCUUUCCCGACGACGUCCACGAGCUGAAGGUCACCGGCGUCUCCUACUUGGGCAACAAACUCGGCUUCAGCAUCACCAGAGAGGAGAUGGGGAUCGAAGUGACCGCGAGCCCCGGGGCCCCUGCGGCACUGCCCCUGGAGGCGGUGCUGGAGGAGUCGGGGCAGCGCCUGCCCCUGCGCAGAGGGCAGAGGAUCUCGCUCCCCACGGCUGCCGGCUGGAUCCAGAGAUCAGCCCCUGGCACCUCCUGAACCUCGGCUGCUCUGCGCCGGAGCAGGGGCAAACUGAGGAGAGGAUGGCGGAGAGGGGA